UUGCGCAGUUUUCGUGCGGUUUUCGGAGCUAAAGGACGCAGCAGCGGUAGCAACAGCAGCAGGAGCAGAAAAAGCAACCGAAGAGGCAGCGCGAUAAAGGAUAGCAAAGGAGUUGUGUUUUUUGCAGUGUGGCGUGUGAGAAACAAUUGAAAACAAUCUUUUGUGCGAGAUAGAAACGCGUGUUGAAAAAGUGCUCCAUCAAGAAUAAGAAAAUUAAAGCCUGUGAGAAGGUGCAAAAACGGGAAGGUGAGGGGGCUCUUGAGCUCUGCAAGGACCCUUGGAUUACCUUGCGGGGCAAGCGGAAUCAGCCAGCGAAUUCGCCGCCGGGAGGAACUCCGGCAGAAGCUGAACAAGAGACAGCGAGAGACAAGGCAGAAGAAGCCAAGCGCGAAGCAGAUCAGAUCCACUAGAAAAGGGACAUAAGAAGCAGAGACUGCGAGUGCAAGCAGUUAAAGCUUCGACGUCGACAUUCGCCAUCCAUUAAGUGCCAAAAGCGAUAGGGAAACAGAAGGAGAAAGAAGGCGAGCCCCGAAAGAAGGAAGGAAGGUUUCUCUGUUUCUUUACAACAACAUAUUUGUGAGCCAAAAAAGACAACGAGGCCGGCGCUGACCCCGGGCAGAAGUGGCAGCAGCAGCACCACCACCAGCAACUGUUCAACCGACAGAGUCGCGGCGCUGCAGCGGCGACUGAGCAAUCGAGUGAAACCAGCAACAGCUGCAGCAACGCUUUCGGGAGGGGCACGCGCACGCUCACUGCUCACUGCUCACUGCUCACUGCUCACUGAUGGCGGAGAAGAUGCUGAAGAAGAUGAUGAUGCCAGUCAGCCUCAAGAGCCACAACACAAUGCCAAGUGCCAACAACAGCAAGAACAACAGCAGCAGCAGCAGCUACAGCAAGCAGUGCAAAAGGGAAAAUUAAGUGCCAAAGGGAAAACCAGCCAAGAACAGCCAACAGAUUUUCACGAGCGCAGAAAACUCAAAACUAAAUUUACAUAACAAAACAAGACAAAAACAAGAACAAGAACAAGCAGUAGAGUGCAGUGUACGAGUAGCGUGAGAAGCGAGCCUCCUCAAGUCUCCCGAAAACGCAAUCAAGAGACGCCAACAACAGCAGCAACCGCAGCAGAAUCGUUCGCGGCAACCGCAGCAGCAUGCCAUCUGCAUUGGGCGGCAGCAGAGGGCGUGGCAGCCAGGGAAGCACCCUGUGGGUGCUCCUCCUGCUGGCCACAGCUGCACUCAGUAGCAGAGCAGCGCCCACAUCAGAGGUAGCGGUGGAGCAGCCCCACUUGCGGGUUGGGGUGCAAGGCGACAUGCCCGCCCUGGUUGUGAAGGCAACCACCGCCAACGCAACACCGAAGGAAGGCAGUAGCAGCAGCAGCAGCAGCAGCAGCACACCUGAGAGCACUCCCACCGAGCUGCCAGAUGUCACGGGAAGACCAGAGUUGGACAAAAAAGUGCCAAAGACAAACAUAAAACCUCCAGCCGUUUUUCCCAGCGAGACUGGCACCACCAGCAGCAGAACCACCAAGACCACACUUAUGGGCAAUGAUACGACUGGAAAAACACCAACAACAAAAAUAGACAGCGAUGACCACUUGCCGCAGCCACCGGCGGUGGUGCAGUUGAUGGACUUGGAGCACACAGAGGCCCCACCCAUGAACAGUGGACACGACGGCCUCAAGCUGACCAGAAAGAAGCAGCUGCAGCAGCAGCAUUUCCCCACACCAGCCACCGCAACCACUUCACCCACCGUGGAUAGCAAGACCAGAGCAAGCAAAACCACCAGAGCCACCAGAACCACCAGAACGACCAGAACCACCAUAACAACGACAACGGCAACAACCGCCAUUGAAUCGGAAAUGGAAAGGAUCCCAACCACCACCAGCAGUAGUGCGAGCAGCAUCACCACCCCGCAACCACCAACUCCCAUCUCCAGCUCCGGUGAUGAUUCCAGUUCCGGAACGGGACAUGAGCCAGACCUGGUGCCCGUGCAUAAUGGGUACUUGGGUCCGAUUUUCAUGGGUGAGAAAACGUUUAGUGUGGUGCACCCGCUGAAGAAACCACAUCCACCCAACCACCUGCACGUUGCCUCAAUCGAGUCCCAGCUGCGCGACGGACGUAUUGUGGAGAUCCUGGCGCCGACGUCAUUGCUCGAGAAGAAUACGGAGCCAGCCAACAUUGGCCCCAGCAGCACUACAGAAACAGCCACACCCACACUCGAUACAGCUUCUAUAUCUUCGAUUUCGGUGCUGUCUACCACGGUCUUCCAGGUGCCUGAGAUACAGACCAGCACCACUCGCUUACCCAUGCCCAUGAGCAGUGGCCUAGAGCUUUCCGGCCCGGCGCCACCGCGCAUAGAGUCCAAGAUCUCAGACAUACAGAUAGAGGUGUAUGACUCCACGGUGGACUCCAUUGUGGCAUCGACCAACUUCCGCGACAACGAGGGCUACUAUCCGCUGCCAGUGGAAGCGGAGUCGGGCACCACCAGACCACCUCGACCACCAGUGGGACCGCCCCAGGAGCGGUUCACCCAAUAUGUGAUCGACCGCGCCGAUGUCUCCACUCAGCCCGCCUCGGGUGGAUCGCUUCUGGGUAAACCCGAGCCGGCGGCCAUUGAGAUCCACAUCAACGUGUCCGAGGCCUUUGGCAGUGAGAGCGAGGAUCUGGAGUUUUCUUACCGCCAGCCGCAGCAGCAGCUGAAGUCGAGCAAGCCCAGCGACGAGAUUCUCGUGGUGGAGAUCAUCGAUAGCGGCAACGGGGACAACAGCAGCACAGAGAGCUCGUCGAGUGGCGAGCACAUUAAUCCAAUAUUCAGCUUCCGCUCGGAUACGGCAGCCAAUCCUCCUCCUGCGGUGCGUCCGCCCCAGCUUCAGGAUGCGGAUGAGCUAUUUAUGGCAGACCUCAAAGAAGGUGAAGGUGUGCCUCGACCACCACCUCCGCCCCCCCCACCGCCCCCACGGAAGCCCAGCAUCGAUCGCGACUCUGACACGAUCUUCUACAUUUCCAACACGGAGGUGAAGGUGGGCGAAUCCCUGCCCACGGGCAGUCCUGGAAGUGAUCAGCUCCAGCAGCAGCGCAAGUUCCAGCUAGAGAACCAGUUCUUCCCGGCCAGCUACGUGAUGGAGCAACAGCAACUGCAACAGCAGCAAUCCUCCCUAGCCACGCCUCGAUACGAGGAGGACAUUAUUCUCUCGCCUGUGCACAACACCGCCGAUGCUUUGAAAAUCUUCCGCAGUACGGGUCCGAGCAGCGGCGAUGGAGCACCACCUCUGGAUGUCACCUACGUGGGAGAGUCGGUUAUCGAAGUAGAGCAGCAGCCGCAGAGUGCAAGCACCACCCAGGCACCCUUGGGAGGAGGUAGCGGCAGCUCACCCCAGUCAGACAUCAUCAUUCAGCCGGCCGUGCUGCCCGAUCUGGCCAUUGGAGUGCCCGUGAUCGGGGAGCUGCCACCACAGAUCGAACUAAAGGAGAUCGACUAUAUGCCCGGAGAGUUGGGUGGGAUGGGCAUUUACGAGAAUGACAUCCAGAGCAACAGCAUCGGCAUGGGCAUAGGCAUCGACAGUGAUCCGGAUGUGAUUGAGAGCUCGAUCCAGUAUGGAGGAGAUCUCAUCGAUGAUGGGGCAGGCGGCGGCUUCGAUGGCGUUGAGGGUUCCUAUCCCUUCGAGAGUCCAUCCCAUCGCCAGUUACAGGAUGGGGACCAUCCGGGUCGCGGACAGGAUCAUCAGCCCCGCCAUUCGGCUGUGAGUCAUCUGCACCGCGAGCAACUCCCCAUGGCGGAGCUUGUAAACGCCACUCUGCUGCAGCACAACGAGAACGUUUCGGUUGGGGGAGAGGCUGGGUCUGGGUCCGUCUCGGCCAUGGCCCCUCUCCUCUCCAGCGGUGCUGGCAGUGGGCAGGCGAUGAGCAAUGUCACAGCCCUGUCCGAGGACCAUUUGGACGACUUUGACGGUUUUCUCAAUCUUUUCGCCGUCUCCAUGGGUCUCGUCAUUGUCAUUCUACCCUCGGCCCUGCUGAUCUCCAUGUACUGUGCCAUUCGUUAUAUGCUGAACAAACCCGCUGGAAAGGGGCUGUGCGGCGCCCGUAGCGAUGACAGCGAGCAGGGCAAGGACUCCAAGAAUGAGGACAUCUCGAGAAACGCGCGAGAGACGAAGAUGCACACGGACAAGGACGGAGUAUUUGUGGUAGAAGUGGCGCGCGGCAUCGACUCCAAGCAGGCGGCUGACAUCCCCGGAGCCGUUCCCGAGACAACCGAGCUGCCCUUCGACACCAAACUUCAGCAGGCCAACGGUCUGCAAAUAGUGGACGAGCAGACCCUUCCGCCUAGCCACGAGCAGGUCCAGAUCCAUGCCCCACCCAGCGAUUUCGCCAAUCCUAUACAACCCCCUUCCAAUCCCACUGUUGGAGUCGGGGUCCUCCAUCUCAUCGAAGAGGCGGAGGAGCAGAUGUUGGAGGAUGCUGCCAGGCCACACCAAGAGGGGGCUAUCGCCCAAACUGGACUCUCCCAGUCCGAUCUCAGUUCCACCUCAUCGACCGAUUCCAACAAGCGUUACUCCUACGGCAACCAGGAGCUAUAUGUCAUCGAACAGUCUGGAUAUGCCACCAGUUCACCCACAGCCCAGCCAAUAUUGCCAUCUAUCAAGCCAAAGGAGCAUGUCGAGGAUGACCAAGGCCCCAUCGGAGGGGAGCAGAAUGACCCGACUGUAGUUUUGGAUAGCCAAAAGCCUGAGACUAAGUACGACAGUGAGGAGCAGCACGCGAACGAGCAAAAUCAACCAGAGAAAGCGACAGAUCCAGAGCAGAAGACAGACCCGGACCUAACAACAGAGCCUAAGAUAGAUGCGGAGAUCAAGCUAAGUCCUGGGCAAAUACCCGAAUCGGAUAUGCAGGGCAAACCUGAUCUAGAGAUGAAGACUAAACCAGAGCCGGAGAAACCGUCGGAGCCCCAGUUUGAGCUAAAUGAAGAAGCCAAGCCGGAACAGGAACCGGAAAUCGUAACCGAAAUGGAUCUCGAGCCCGAGAACACUUACGACAGUCUCAUGAGUCUGCCGGCCCCACCAUCCACCGAGGAGAUCAAAGAGCUGAACGAUUUCUCUCUCAUCGAGUCGAACCAACUGGACUCUUUGCCCCCACCGCCACCACCGCCGCUAGCCGAAGCCGACACCACCAAUGGAAAGCCAAAGAAAGAAGCUGAGAAGGAGAAAGAUGGGACAGCAUUUAAGUCCCAGGCUAUCAUCAGCAACGGGAACGGGAACGGAAUGGUUAAAGUCUCCUCCGACAAUAGUGGUGCAGAGGAGCCGGCCACCCUAACGCCGCCCGCUUCACCACCGUCGCCACAGUCACCGACCACGGGCGUAAUCUAUGGCUCCAACGGCCUCACCAAUGGCCUCCAUAGCCUGGCUGUGGUCGAUGUUAACGGCAGUUAAGAAAGGCCAGGUAAGAUCAGAGAUAGAAGAGAAUAUUCCCGAAGAUCCUGUGAGAGAGAAGCAGCAACAGAAGAAGGGAGGAGCGUUUUUUUUGCAUCGGGCCUCCUAGAGAUCUCAAAGCGCGAAUAGUUCCCUCUAGGGUGUAAGGAAUACUAGAAAUACUUAAGAUAAUAUCCCAAACGGUGGCAAAGAAAAACCAAAGUGAAACCGAGCUCCAAAUGGGGAAAGUGAAAUAUUUAAAUUAAAAUACACAAGAAAACAAAAAAAAUAAUAGAAAGUUUCCACUUUAAAGUUUGUUGAUUUUCAAAUAUUACGAAUAACAAUAACACGCGAAUAAUAUAAAUAAAUCAUAAUUAAUUGUUUGUCUUUUUGCGUCUGGGCCAAACACUGGGCCGAGCCACCCUCUCCCUCCCCCGCCCCCAAACCCAAAAACACACCAAGCCCACUCUUCUCACCUUUUGGGGGGAGGGGAAGGGCUAACGCGUACUUAAAUGUUUAUCCUUACCAUAGCUAAAGAGAGAAAAAUAGAACAUAAACAGAAGUAUCCAUUCGAUCUAUGAUAUAAGCAAACGAUAAAAACGUGGCGGAAAAUGUAAUGAAAACAGCAGAUCCAAAUGGAAACCGAUAAGGCAUGAAUCUAAUAAAUAUGCAAAGCAAAACAGCACGAAACGAAACAGAAUAAUUACAGAUACUCGUACUCGUAUGUAUGUAAUAAUGCAUAAUUAAUUAGUUUUAAUCAUUUACACACAGAAAUGCCAAAUAGUAAUGAAGGAAACACAAUUGUAGCAGAAUUAGUUUUGAUUUGUAUGUCUAUUGCCAUACUUCAAAAGGUGCUCUGUGUCGGGCCAACAACUAAGAGAGGGAUCAGUUUGGUCAGAAGUUUCAAUAGAGUAGUGCUUUUAAUUUUCCUCUAUUUUAAUCUGUUCAUUGUUAAUGCUCGUUCAUUUUCCUGGAUUGACGUAGUAAACGAGAAGCCUAUGUUGGCUCGGCGUUGUGUAAGCUUGCGGUUGAAAAAUCCGUUAGGUAGCCUAGUCUGAGCAAUAGCUCUCAUAAUGAAUUGGUUUCAAUUGGGCUCACUUGACAUUUCCAAGUGAACUUAGAUUUCCUAAGAGCUAGAUCUCUUUAAUUCGCUAUGGAAGUACCAUAGCCUAUCAGUAGAAAGUACAUGACAUAGACCUCCAAUGCCAAUGCCUUUCAUGCUUUGCAAAUGUAGCCUCCUGGUUAAAGCUUUAGUCUUGAAUUGAGCCAUGUGCUGAAAUUGGACUCGUUUCUAACAAGAAGAACAAUUUCAAUCUACAAAUUUCAGCGAAUAUUCCGUAGAGAGAGUUCCUUAGAACUCGUAAAGCAGCCUACUAGACGGUUUCCCCAAAACUCACGGAAUAUUUCCCGGAAUCUGAACCAAUUGAAUCACGAAUGUCAAGGGCUAUAAUGGUUCAAUAUCUCUGGUGAUCAGUGUAUUGGUAGAAAGGCAUGCUAGAUGAAUUCGAUUCCAACGCUUUUGCAGUAUUCCAAAAUAAUAUCGACUAUGAGUUGGACACUGUGUCUCAAAACGGCUAGACACAGAGCACUCUAGAAUAGUCGUAUAUCGCGACUAUGGCUAUUUAGAUAUAAGGUUUUUUUUUGCGUUUCCCAUCUCAAUCCACUUGAUAGAAAUCAAAUGUGCCGAACUUUUGUGGCCAACCGACACAAUUUACAAAGAGAAACGAACCAUUUAUACAAUGCCCAUCCGAUCCGAUGAUUGCGGCAGAAUACUCAUGUAUGUAACCUUUUAACAAACAACACAAGAAAAGCCAAGUUAGUCUUAGAAAUACGUAUAGUCAAAAUAUGUAUGUGUAUGUAUAUUUUUUAGUCCGUGUGUGGGUGUGUAAAAGAGGACUUCGACUCGCAGCUAAUGCAAAUUGAAUGGCUAACGACAUAGACCUAAGCAAUUGGUAAAUUAUCGUAGUAAAAGGAGAAACUUUUCAAUAUACUAUUUGCCCAAUAUAAAUAAUAUAAACCCUAUAAACUUUAGUAUAUACAUUUACGAGUGUACUAUGGAUGAAUUAUAGAUCGAAACUCAACUUCUUAAAAAUAUAUAUACCAAGCGGAGACAUCUACUCGUAUCCGAGCUGGGACGGGAGAAUGAAACAAAAUCCGUGCACUGCAAGUGGCACGUACUUUGUAAGUAGUGAGAAUUAUAAGAGAAUAUGCAUGUGUGCCCCGAAUGCAGCGGAUCCGAUACAGUAGACCAGAUUCCAUUCGGAUGGCACUUUUUAGGUGGAACAUAAUCCCUGACUAAAGAUUAACCACUUUCGUUGUUUAAGUUUGUUCAAAUUGUUUUAUUGACAAUUACAAAAUAAAAAAAAUAUAUUACAAAAAGAUUACAAAUAUAUGAAAAGUAGAAGAUGUGAGAGAAUGCCAAUGAGAAAAAUAUUAUGAAUAUUAUAAAUGAAUAAGAUUACCUACUCGUAAAUCAAAUAUAAACGUUAGGACAGGGCAGAAUUUUUUUUUGGUCGAAAAAACAAAAAAAAAAUAAGUAAAUGUGAUUGUUAUUUAACCUUAAGUUAUUAUUAAAACCUAACUUAAACUGAUAUGUGUGUUUAAGCAGAUAGAAAACGACAAGAAGAAGAACAAGAACAAGAAACCAGCUGAAAGGCCAAAAGGAUCGAAACUAAACCAAACGAAGGAAAAUAAAUUAAGUAAAACGGAUCUAAUCGGAUCGGAUCGAAUGGCAAGGGAACGCUCCUUGAAGAAAUAGCUAACGGUAAAUGACAGCUGGCAACUAAGUAUGUAAGGCAACUAACCGAGAGAGCAUGCAUGCUACCCAUAGAUGCAAUAUACCGAUAUAAAUGAAAUUCAAUAUUAAGAAAAAUUGCAACCAAAAAAAGGAAAAUACACACAAAAGAAAAGUAAA